AUGGUGGAGCACAGUGGCCUGGAUAUUAUGUGUCUGAACAAGUACUGUCACAGUUCCUCCUCGUCGUCCAGCUCCGAGCAGGACAAGAAGAUUUUCUCCAAACUAAAACGCAGUUUGUCGGGGGACUAUCCGAGGAAGAACGCAGAGUUCCUCAGCGGCCAGUACGGGACCAACCUGCUGCUGAUCGGGGCGGCGUUGAUGCUGGCUAUUGCGCACCACGGCCCGUCUGUCAAGGAAGAGCACCUGUUGUCCUUUGUGACCUGCCUCAUGAUCCUCCAGCUGAUCUGGAUGAUGUGGUACAUCCUGGUGCGGGACAGGCAGAAGAGCACGCGGACCGAGAAGGAUGUCCACGCCACCACAUGCUGGAUAAGAGGUGGUUUGACUCUCCUCGCACUCCUUUCACUGAUUAUGGACGCUUUCCGCAUUGGGUAUUAUGUUGGCUAUCAGUCGUGUGUGUCGGCUGUGCUCGGAGUAUAUCCUGUCAUCCAUGCAACUCACACCAUAGCGCAGGUGCAUUUUCUCUGGUUUCACAUCAAAGAUGUCAUCAAGAGCUUUGAAACAUUUGAGAGGUUUGGAGUAAUCCACGCAGUCUUUACCAACCUCCUCCUGUGGUGUAACGGUGUGAUGUCAGAGGCAGAGCACUUCUUGAACAACCAUAAGAGACGACUCUCUGCCCUGGGCUACGGAAACCUCACUAUAGUGCACUCAGAGCCUCACUGUAACUGCACCACCAGCACUUGCUCCAUGUUCUCCAGCAGCCUUUACUAUCUCUAUCCAUUCAACAUCGAGUACCACAUCUUCGUCUCUGCUAUGCUCUUCGUCAUGUGGAAGAAUAUUGGAAGGACCAUUGACCUUUCAUCAAACCAGAAAAGGCUGGCCACCAAAACCCAGGGCCUGACCUUAGGCCCUAUUCUGGGUCUACUUGCACUGGCCAGCACUAUCGGGAUCCUGGUGGUCUACAUCACCCAUGUGGAGGAAUCCCUCCGAACGCGCCAGUCAGCCAUUUCCAUGUUCUACAUCUACGGCAUCGUCAUGCUGGUGUUCAUGUGCAGUGCCGGUGCUUCAGGUCUGCUCAUAUACCGAGCGGACCACAUGCCGCUGGACACCUCCAAGAACCCGUCCAGACAGCUGGACACAGAGCUGCUGUUUGGGUCCUCUAUCGGCUCCUGGCUCAUGUCCUGGUGCAGCGUAGUGGCUGUGUUGGGCACCGACAGCAGUCCUCCUUACCGCUGGACCAACCUUGUCUACUCUCUGCUUAUUGUGCUGGAGAAGUACAUCCAGAACCUCUUCAUCAUAGAGUCCCUAUACCGCCAGCAAGAGGAUGGGGAGAGGGAGGACCCUGAGUUACCAGCUGCUCCAGAAAUCUUCUCAGUGACUUCCUCUCUGGCCCCACCGUACAACGGCAUCAUCAACAGAGCCUAUGAGACCCCCGACAGGCCCUGUGUUACCAUGGAGAAUGAGCAGGAGGACAGCAGACAGGUGUACAAAUGUCCAAGGAAACCCUCUGAGGUGCCGCUGCCCGUGGGAAACAAAGUAGUGGAGCCCUCAAAUAUAAAGAGGCAAAUCCUGAAGAACAUCGCUGUCUUCCUGCUAAUGUGCAACAUUUCGCUGUGGAUCCUUCCUGCCUUUGGCUGCCGGCCACAAUACGACAACGGGUUGGAACAGGAGACAUUUGGCUUCAGCAUAUGGACCACAGUUCUCAAUUUCGCCAUUCCUUUGAACCUUUUCUACCGCAUGCACUCAGUUGCUUCUCUCUUCGAGGUGUUCCGUCGGGUCUGA